CCCCAAAACCCAAAUCCCAGAGGCACAUGCAUACAUAUACACACACAUAGACACAGGCCUAUGCAUAGUAUAUGAACAGGCAUACACAUACAAGCACGUGCGCAGAUACACAAGUAUACACACGUACUCAGACACGUACGCGAAAUGUUGUCGGAGAACUCCAGCACCAGGGUCCAGGGCCUGACCAACCUGUCGGUGAGCGUGGUGGAGCCAGUGUCCCAGUCGCUGCAGUACAAGACGGUGUCGGUGUUCCUGGUGCUGCUGGUGUGCUGCAUGGGCAUCGUGGGAAACGUCAUGGUGGUGCUGGUGGUCCUCACCAGCCGCCACAUGCGCACCCCCACCAACUGCUACCUGGUGAGCCUGGCGGUGGCCGACCUCAUGGUGCUGGUGGCCGCAGGCCUGCCCAACGUCUCGGACAGCCUGACGGGCACCUGGGUGUACGGGCACGCCGGCUGCCUGGGCAUCACCUACUUCCAGUACCUGGGCAUCAACGUGUCGUCCUGCUCCAUCACCGCCUUCACCGUGGAGAGGUACAUCGCCAUCUGCCACCCCAUGACGGCGCAGACGGUGUGCACGGUGUCGCGGGCCAAGCGCAUCAUCGCCGGCGUGUGGGCGCUCACCUGCGUGUACUGCCUGCUCUGGUUCUUCCUGGUGGACAUCCAGGUGACGGCCGACCAGGGGGUGCAGUGCGGCUACAGGGUGUCGCGCGACCUCUACCUGCCCGUCUACCUCAUCGACUUCGCCAUCUUCUACGUGCUGCCGCUGCUGCUGGCCAUCGCCCUGUACGGGCUGAUCGCGCGGGCGCUCUACCUCAGCUCCCUGCCCCACCCGUCCCCCUCGGCCAGCGCCACCGCCCUCCGCCGCAGCUGCAGGGACCCCUCCAGCGCCCCCGCCAAGGGCAGCCGCCGCGCGCGCCCCCGCAGCGCCCUGUCGUCCAGGAAGCAGGUGACGAAGAUGCUGGCGGUGGUGGUGGUCCUCUUCGCCCUGCUGUGGAUGCCCUACCGCACGCUGGUGCUGGUCAACUCCUUCGUGGCCUCGCCCUACCUGGACGCCUGGUUCCUGCUCUUCUGCCGGACCUGCAUCUACGCCAACAGCGCCAUCAACCCGGUGGUGUACAACGCCAUGUCGCAGCGUUUCCGCUCCGCCUUCCGCAGCCUGUACCGCUGCAAGAGGCAGUCCGCUCACCACCGCACGCUCUCCGCGAACACCCCCGGCCACAGCCUCAACCAGGGCCAGGCCGCCAACGGGAGGGAGGGGCCGGCCGGGCGGGGCGGCGCGGGGACGCAUACGCGGGGGAAGGCGCGGGGAGACGGCGGGGUCUCGGACGGCCGGGAGAAGGACGCGCCCGCCGCGCGGAAAGACAGAGACGCGGUGCAGGCCACGCCCGGUACCGAGGAGAGGCAGGAGGAGGAGAUGAACCACAGUGCCGUGUGA